AUGGCGCCCGAGAUGAGCGACGUCGAGCUCGCCAAGUCCUCUAAGGUCCUGAUGGUCGGCGCCGGCGGCAUCGGUUGCGAGCUGCUCAAGACCCUGGUGCUGAGCGGCUUCGAAGAUAUCGAGAUGAUCGACCUCGACACCAUCGACGUCAGCAAUCUCAACCGCCAGUUCCUGUUCCGCAAGCGACACGUGGGCAUGUCCAAGGCGAAGGUGGCGAGGGAGACGGUGCUCAAGUUCCGCCCCGACGCCCGCAUCGUCGCGCACCACGGCAACGUCAAGGACUCCUCCUUCGACGUCGACUUCGUUCGAACCUUCGACGUCGUCCUCAACGGGCUGGACAACCUGGAGGCGAGGAAACACGUCAACCGACUGUGCCUCGCCGCCGAGGUCCCGCUGAUCGAGUCCGGAACCACCGGGUACCUCGGGCAGGUCACCGCGCACGUCCGCGGACGCACGGCGUGCUUCGAGUGCAACCCCAAGCCGGUGCCCAAGUCACACCCGAUAUGCACCCUGCGGGACACCCCCGAUAAGCCGAUACACUGCGUCGUGUACGCCGCCGACUUGCUCUUCCCCCGACUCUUCUCCGCCGACCCCAACGCCAAGAGCGACCUGGACGAGGAGGACGCCGUGGAGCUCAGCGCGUUCACCCGAUCCCCCGGGGAGUCCCCGGAGUCGUUCGCGGUGAGGGUGUACGACUACGUGUUCAGGACCAAGAUUGAGCGAUUGCUCGCCAAGGAGGAGAUGUGGGCGGACGAGAAACGGAAGAAGCCGACGCCGCUGCCGGCGUUUACGGAGCUGGUGCCCGAGGGACCCACCGCGGCGGCUCACGGGACUGACGGACUUAACGGCGACGGCAAUAACAGCAAUAACACGAUGACGUCGACGGCGUGCAAGGCGCUGGGCCUUCGCGACGCGCACGCCGCGUGGACCGACGCGGAUGCCGCUCGGGUAUUCGUGAGCUCGUUCGCUCGCAUCGUCGCUCGGGACGAGUCCGACGGAAACCACGGGACGGAUAAGUUCGACAAGGACGACGCGCUGGCCGUCGAGUUUGUCGCCGCGACCGCGGCGUUGAGGAGCGCCAACUACGGGAUCGAGCGUAAGAGCCUGUUCGAUGCCAAGGGAAUGGCGGGCAACAUCGUGCACGCGGUGGCCACCACAAACGCCAUCGUGGGGGGUCUCAUCGUCAUCGAGGCGCUCAAGGUGCUCCGUCAGCGAAAGGCCGGGGGCGACGCCGGCGGGGUCGCCACGCCCGUGCCGUGCGCGCCGUGCCCCUACAGGUACACAUUCGUCAAGCAGCACAAGAGCAACUCGCGGCUGCUCGAGCCGAUGGAGCCGGACCCGCCCAACAAAUCGUGCGUGGUGUGCGGCGCCGCCAGGGUCGAGCUCGUGUGCGACGUGGAGUCGAUGACCCUGGGCCGUCUCAUCGACGAAGUUCUCAAGAAGAAGCUCGGGAUGAACGCCCCGGAGGUUAACGCCCCAGAGACGAUCCUUUACGAGCAGGACGACGGCUUGGACGAUGACGAGAUUGAGCAGUACGCCAAAAACUGCAAAUCCACGCUGGCCAACUUGCCCGCGGGUGGCGUCAGGCACAACACCGCGCUCAGGGUGUCGGACUUCACACAGAAGUUCGAGUUCGACCUCAUCGUGACGCACAGACCGGGGGAUGAGUGGGACGACGAGGAGGAUCCCGACGGGUACGUGCUCCGCGGCGAUUCGGUGUCGGCUGAGAGUAACGAGAAUAACGCGGCGAACGGCGAGAAUAACGAGGAGAACGGCGCGGUCGCCGAGGACGUGGACGACUGCUUGAUCGUGGACGACGAGGACGAGAUCAAGGCGGCGACCGCGACGGCCGGGACGAAGCGCAAGAGGGACGACGACGACGACGACAACGACGGCGGGGGGCGGGGUGACGCGAAGGAGAUUAGAAUCGAGUGA